UUUCUUAUAACUAAAAUGUUGUAUUUUUCAGAACGCUGCAAGUGUAAGCCUAUUAGGGCUACACAGAAGACUUAUUUCCGAAACAAUUACAAUUAUGUCAUUCGGGCUAAAGUUAAAGAGGUAAAAACCAAAUGCCACGAUGUGACUGCGGUCGUGGAAGUGAAGGAGAUUCUAAAGGCUUCUCUGGUAAACAUCCCACGGGACACCGUCAACCUUUACACAAGCUCUGCCUGCCUGUGUCCCCCACUCCAUGUCAACGAGGAGUAUGUCAUCAUGGGCUAUGAAGACGAAGAACGCUCCAGAUUACUGUUGGUGGAAGGUUCUAUUGCUGAGAAAUGGAAGGAUCGACUUGGCAAAAAAGUUAAGCGCUGGGAUACGAAGCUCCGUCAUCUUGGCCUGAGUAAAAGUGACUCUAGUCACAGCGACUCCACGCAAAGUCUGAAGUCUGGCAGGAACUCUCAGGCCCGGCAAACACGCAGCUAAAUCCCCAAAUGUAGAAGGAACACCAUGGACUCCCUCCCGGUUAAGACUUGCGUUGCUGGACUAGCAAAGAAAAAUUUGCACUAUUGCACGUCAUACCCUGUUGUUGUUGUUUUUUUCACACACACACACACACACACACACACACACACACACACACACACACACACACACACACGCAGAGUAUGUGGUUACUGGUAUUCUGUUUUCUUUUUUAUUUUCUGCUUUUCUCACCUCAUCCUUCUCUCCCCCGCCCCCACUUAUUUUAUUUUAUUUUUUUCUUGUGGUCUGAGUGCAGACCCUUAAGUAUAUGUAUUCUGUUUCACUAAUCACGGGAAAAUUAUUCUUUGCAAUAAUAAUAAAUUAAACACAUUAGUAUAUGGGCUUCUUUGCUAAACUGCACAUUGAUCUACUAUUCUGUACCUGGAUUGAAAAUGUAAUAUUGGAUGUGGAGAGAAAUUUCUGUCAUAAAAAGAAAGCUUGAUGUGCUGUUAAAACACUGUUGAUAUAAUCACAACCUCGUUUUCACAUGCCUUUUAGGCAUUCUCUUGCUUAGAAAGUCUAAAUGUUUAUGAAGGUAAAAUAGCAGUUUGUAAUCGAAUGCUACACUGUUAAAGCAAUCAAGCACCAGGAAACAUUUAUGAGGAAAUGGCACACAAGAUAAAGUAUCUGCAAGAUUGACAGGAGCCUAAAUAAAUAGUGUCAGGGGUUGGAGACAGAACAUUUUGCCUAGUUGAGAGGCACAACUGGAAAUCAGUAGCUGGUGGGGUGUCAGCAGUCGUGUUUUUCUUUGGGCAAGGGAUUUGAUUUGGUUUGUUUAUGAAUAUAUUAAUCAGCAUCAGGAAAGUGAAUGUGACUAGACUUCUGCUGUUGUUAGCAUAGCUCUGUUUAAUUUACUUCCUUUUAAAUAAAUCCACUGGUGUUAACAUUUUUUUCUUUUAAAAUAAAUCAGAUAUGUAGCACUGACCAGAGAAAGAAAGUAUGUCUGCAUGAGCACCAAGGCGUUAUUUUUAAAAGGCACAUAGCUCUGUAAAAUGGUGUAACUGUAGGAAAAAUGUGCAGGGUCUUUUUUUUGCUUGUUUUGUUUUUGUUUUUCCUGGUGGUGGUGGUGGUGAUGGUGUGUGUGUGUGUGUAUAAUCACACUCAGGCCAGACUGAAUUACAGGCCUGUACGCUGGUCUGGACUUCAUCAUUUGGAUUUUGCUGUCUAAUGCUCAGCAAAAUGUCUAAUAAAAGUAAUUACAGUUGUCA